AUGAUAUUGAAGGUUGAUGAAGGAGAUGGUUAUGUAGGUUUGAAUGGUGACCAUAUGUUAAACAUGGCGACGAGAGUGGCUGUGGAUGGAUUCGAAAUGGUUGAAGUGUUUUAUCAACUAAAAUUACAAUGGGUCUGUGGAUAUUGCCCUGAAAUUCAUGUUGGUCCCAACGGAACCAAAGCUCAAAACUGUGGGGCACACAAACACCAACAACGCAAUGGGCAGCAUGGUUGGCAAUCUGCAGUGCUCAAUGACUUAAUACCGCCGAGAUUUGUGUGGCAUGUUCCCGAUGUAAACGGACCACCGCUGGAACGAGAGCUUAGGAAUUUCUAUGGACAGGCUCCAGCUGUAGUUGAAAUAUGCAUUCAGGCUGGUGCUGAGUUACCAGAACAAUAUAAAUCAACCAUGCGCCUUGAUGUUGGGAUCCCUUCAACUCUUCAAGAAGCUGAAAUGGUAGUUUGA